AUGGCGACCUCGACAAUGAGUCCUCAGCCGGUGCCCGACCCUCUAUCGAUGCACGCUGCCAGCGGCGCCUCUUCCUCCUCUGUUCCUCCCCCACCAACAGCGCCGGGCGGGACCCCAAGCAUUCUCGAAGAAGUGGCAGCCGCGCAGAGACAUCUGCGCUCCCGUCUCGCCGGGGCGCUGACCAAGCCACCGCCCGGAGUGGCCGUGGCCGCGCUGCCGUCGGUGCCGCUGAUCGACAUCGGGCCCUCAUUCGACGGGACUCUCGAAUCGCGCAAGCAGGUGGCGUCGCAGAUCCGCGAGGCGUGCCUGACGACGGGGUUUUUCCAAAUCAGCAACCACGGCGUCAGCGCGGCCGCCAUGGCCGGGGUGCUGAAGCAGGCGGAGCGGUUUUUCCACGAGCUGUCGGAGCCGAAAAAGCAGGCCAUGCACAUCAAGCACUCGGCCCUGUUCCGCGGCUACGAGCCGCACGACUACACCUAUGUCAAUCCCGACGACAUGGCCGGGGCGGCACCGCAGCAGGAGACGAAAGAGGGCUUUAACUGGGGCUACGAGGAGGCGUUGGACCCGACCGGCGGAGACGGCGCGUAUGUCGAGCUGGACGGGUCCCGGCCCAGCGCCGCGGGCGCCACGGCCACCACCACCGCCAACGGCAAUGUGUGGCCCGCCGAAGAGGAUCUGCCGGGCUUCCAUGCCGCGAUUGCUACCUACUAUGGACAAGUGUUGCAGUUGGCGCGGCACCUGUUCCGGCUGUUUGCGCUGUCGCUGGGACUGGACGAGACGUAUUUCGACGGCCUGAUGACCCAUCCCGGCGGCAUCGCGCGGCUGCUUUACUACGCCGCCCAGCCGGCGGUGGAGGUGGAGGUGGAGGUGGAGGAUGAGAGCAAGAAGGGCGCGGACGAGGGCGAAGGCGACACCGAUGGUCAUGAAGAAGCGGCCAAGCUCGGCCUCGGCGCCCACACCGACUACGAAUGCUUCACGCUGCUCCUGUCAUCCACCAACCCGGGCCUGGAGAUCCUGUUCCCGCCGUCCGCCGUGUCGGACAACAAGCCCAUCUGGCGCCCUUGCCCCGUGCGCCCGGGCACGCUGACCGUGAACGUGGCGGACUUCCUGAUGCGCUGGACUAACGGCUUGUACAAGUCGACCAUCCACCGGGUGAUGAGCAAGCCCGGCGCCGGGGAGCGGUAUUCGGUGCCGUUCUUCUUCAGUAUCAAUUACGACGGCGAGGUGGCCCCGCUGCCGGAGCGCUCGGUGGGCGAAAGUCUCUUUGUGCCGUUGAAGGCUGGAGAGUAUAUCCUAGAGAGGCUGAAAGCGACGAAGCUGUUGGAGGAGAGAGAAAAAGAGAAGCCAUAG